AUGGCGCCUAUCGGCUAUGGAAGGACGUGUGAACGGUACAAAUACAGUAAAAACGGACUGUUGAAGUCCGCGGCGCGAAUCGAUAGCUGCGUGGAUCGUGAACGAGCGUGGCCUGCAGGGGAAGGUCGGCGGGCGGCGGGCGUCUGCGCUCUUGCUUGCUCACGUGUUCGUCGCCCAUCUCGUUUCCACGCGCCCGACCGCCUCACGCGCGAGCGAGACGGCAGAGGAGCUUCCAGUGGCUGCGUGCCGAUGUGUGUGUCGGUUUGUUCGACGUCGCGCAUUGCCGCGGCGUGA